AUGGCAUCCUCGAGGCAGUCUACGCUGAACAAUGUCGCAUUGUUCACAAGCGGUGCGCUUGUCGGCGCUGGGCUGUACACGCUAGCCCGUAACCUUGUCAGCCAGCGCAAGACGGAGCAUGUGGCAAUCGAGUCGCACGCGCCAGAACGCGCACAGAGCGAGCCUGUUGCGCCUGCGGCUGACGAGCCGCUCAACCCCAUCGACUUGUACAACGAGUGUGGCGCAAUGGGCAUUCCUUACCUGCCGCGCACGCAGAUUUCGCAUGUGCCUGCCAUCGACACAAAGAUGGACCAAGAGCCCGUCGAGCCACUUGCUGCACCGCACGUCGAGCUUCUUUCUCCCACGUUUGACACGCCACUCUUGAUUACUGCACAGCUUGCGAUCGAGAUGAUUGCAUACGAUCAUAGCGAUACGAUUUUCAGCUAUGAGAGUGCUGCGUCUGGCGGAUUCGGCGCGUACUGCGAAGCACUGCACGCACAAGACAAACGCCAUGGUCCGGUCGUCUACGCCAUGCAGUCGCGUGCCGGCGCAGGCGCCGCCAUCGCCGGUUACCUCGCCGGCGAAGGCUGUGCUGCGCAAUCAGCGAGCCAAGCGCACCCCACCGUCACUGUGCUCACCAAUGCCCAGAGCUUUUGUUUCAUGGGCCCUGCGCUUGCGCGCAUGCAAAGUGAAUCGCGCGGAAAUCUAGUAGUGCACGUCUCGAGUGUAUCGCACACCGCGUCGCUUGACGUGGUGAAUGACUAUGCAUCGUCGCUUGCCACGGCAGCCAUGCUAGGCGAGUCUGGAUUCCAGGUCUUGCUCUCUGCGUCGCGCGCUGAGGCGGUCGAGUUUGCUCAGUAUACCUACACGCGCGAGCGCAAAGGUCCUAUUGUGCACAUCUUUGACGGCGCAUUUGCCGCCGCCGAGCUUGGGCGUACCGUUGUGCCGCGUGGAGUCGUGCCGCAGCCUGCGCCGUUCUCGUACACCGGCCCGACAAGCCCUGCCUCGGUUCUCCUCCUUCCGAACGGAACGCUCGCGUUGAAAGCGCGCGCCAUGCUUCUUUCCCUCCCUCCUGCACAGCGUGGCAAGGUCGGCGUGGUUUGCAUGCGCAUGCUGAGCCCAUGGAACGCCGCGGACCUAGCCAAGGUUUUGCCUGCGUCCGUCAAGCUCGUGCGCGUCGUCGAAGAGGCAUACGCUGCCAUGAGCGGCGCACUGUACACUGCCGUCCUCGAAUCGGCGCUAAGCGGUGCGCUUGGCAAGCGUACGAUCCACUCGCUUACGCUUCCGUCUGGCGAAGAAAUGGACUGCAGCGCAUGGCAUGUGCUUUUGAUUGAGGCCGCUUCGACCCCUGCGCCGCUUUCUAUGCAACACAUCCUUUCCAAGGCUGCCGACGCAGUCAAGCUGCCGGAUAUCUUGGCACUCUCCGGCGCGCAGCUCAUCACCUUGUUUGGCGCCGACCAUGGCGAGACGGCCGCGACGGCCAACGCGCUUGCAAAGCGCAUGUUCGACGCCAACGAAAAGCGCAGCCUGCGUCUCUUAACGCGCUACGACAACUACCAUGCCGCCGGCGCCGUGCGCUGCGAUCUUGUGUUUACCGAGCGCGCCGAGUCCGACAUUCCCGUCGAGGUUUUGGCGGCCGGCGCAAGUUCGCACAUGCUCGUGGUCAGCGAGCCGAAGCAGAUGCUCGAUGCGUACAAGCUCGUCGAUGCCGUGUGUCCCAACGGCACCAUCCUGUUCAAUGCAAGCGAAUGGACGCUCGAGGACGUGGAUGCAGCGCUGCCGCCAAGCGACAAACGUGUGCUUGCAUCGCGUGAUGCAAGCGUGUUUGUCGUGGAUGUCUCUGGCUCGAAAGACAAGAUGACUGACGCGUCGGAGCGGUUGCUCGACGCCAUUGUGUGUGCCACAAAGCAGUCGCCCAAGAAUGCUUUGAGCAACACGCCCCUGCUUGCUUCUGCGCCUUCUUCGGUUGCGUUGGAGGCGAAGCAAUACAACCCCGCUGCAUGGGCCAGCGCGCAGUUCGACACGCCCGACGAUGCCAAGCGCGCCGAGGCACGUCUGCGCAACGCAAGCUACACUGGCUUUACCCCGGCGCAGAGUGCUGACAGUGCGGGCCCUGGUGUCGCUGUUUCCCGCGCUUCCUGGGCGCUCGCUGCAUGGCAGAUGCUCUUCCGCGAGGCGUACGGACUCAACGCCCAGGCGCUGCGCCCCGAUCUGCCCGACAAGACGUACAAUGUCGUGGUCAGUGUGAACAAGCGCCUCACGCCCCUCGACUACGACAGGAACUUGUUUCACAUGGAGCUCGAUACCACCGGCACUGGACUCAAGUACGAGGUGGGCGAGGCGCUCGGUGUGCAUGGCUGGAACGACGAUGCAAAGGUCCAUGCGUUUAUUGCAUGGAGCGGAUACAAUGCAGAUGAUAUCGUGCGUGCGCCGAGCGUGCUGUACCCCGGUCACUUUGAGUCACGCACCGUCUUCCAGGUCCUCCAGCAGAACUUGGACAUCUUUGGCAAGCCGCCGAAGAGCUUUUUCGGGGCGCUCGGCAAAGAAGUGACGAGCAAAGACGAGGCGCGUUGGCUGCGCUUUAUCAGCGCUGCCGAAGGGAACAGCACGUUCAAGAAGCUCUCUGAGCUCGAGACGGUGACAUAUGUCGAUGUCCUGCACAUGUUCCCUACCGCUCAUGUCUCGGUGGACUGGCUCGCUGCGAACGUAGAGCCCAUCAAGCCGCGCCAUUACUCGAUUGCCAGCGCACAAGUGGCGGUCGGGGACAGAGUCGAUUUGCUCAUUGUCACCGUCGACUGGAAGAAUGCCCAGGGCGCGACACAGUUUGGACAGUGCACCAAAUACCUUUCUCAGCUCCGUCCAGGCGCCAAAGUCACGGUGAGCAUCAAGCCCUCGGUCAUGAAACUGCCGCCGCUCGAGACGCAGCCGAUUAUCAUGGCGGGCCUCGGGACGGGCGCGGCACCGUUCCGUGCCUUUUUGCAGGCGCGUGCUUAUCAGCGCGCACAGGGCAGGGAGGUGGGGCCGCUGUACUACUACUUCGGCUCGCGGUACCAAUCAGCCGAGUACUUGUACGGCGAGGAGCUUGAGGCGUACCUGACCGAUGGUCUACUCACACACCUUGGCCUUGCCUUCUCGCGUGACCAAAAGAAGAAGGUGUAUAUCCAGCACAAGAUUCAGGAGGACGGCCACAUGCUCACCGAGUUCCUCGCGCCAGAGCUCGCGAAUGGAGACAGCGGCGCGGAGCAAGCGGCGAUUGAUUUGGUCGAAGAGGGGCGCAAGGGUAUCUUUACAUUGUGUGGGCCCGUGUGGCCCGUGCCGGAUAUCCAGGAGGCGCUUGUUAGCUCGUUUAUCGCGCGUGGCUGGACCAAGGAGCAGGCGGAGAAGAAGCUCGAGACGCUCAAGGAGGAGGAACGCUACGUGUUGGAGGUUUACUAG